GCAGUGAUACUGGGUAGAUAUAAGGGAGCAGGAGAGAGGACAAGAACACCUGCUCACUUGAACAAACAGAGACAGAGAGCUGAACGCAAAGAUGCUGAGACUUAAGUGUGUGUUUGUUGCCCUGGUCUUGUGUUUAAAAGGUUCCCAUUCUCAGCUCAGUGAAUGUGGAACUGCACCUUUUAACACCCGUAUUGUGGGUGGACAGAGUAGCUCAGCUGGGGCAUGGCCUUGGCAAGUCAGUAUACAGAGCCCUGUGUAUAACGGCCAUUUCUGUGGAGGAUCACUAAUCAACAAAGACUGGGUUCUGACAGCAGCCCACUGUUUCUCCAGUGCUAGCAUGUCUAGCCUGACUGUGUAUUUGGGGAAACAGACUUUAAAAGGCUCUAAUCCCAAUCAAAUUGCAAGAAGUGUUAAAAAGGUGAUCAUUCACCCCAGCUACAACAGUGCAACUCAGGACAACGACAUUGCCCUUCUGCUUCUGAACUCCUCCGUCACCUUCACAAACUACAUCAGACCAGUGUGCCUUGCAGGUCAAGGCAGCAGUUUUCCAACUGGCACCAAGGGCUGGAUUACAGGCUGGGGAAGCAUUGCAUCUGGAGUGCAACUGCCAUCACCUGGUGUGCUGCAGGAGGCAGUCGUGCCCACUGUCAAUAGCUUUAUUUGUGAUUAUCUACUGGGAUACGGAUCUAUCACCACAAACAUGAUCUGUGCUGGUUAUCUCCAAGGAGGCACAGACACCUGUCAGGGGGAUUCUGGAGGUCCAAUGGUGGCUAAGAAGGGUGCAGUCUGGAUUCAGACUGGUAUCACUAGCUGGGGUGAAGGCUGUGCUCGAGCCUUCUCACCUGGUGUCUAUACUCUGGUGUCUCAGUUCCAGACCUGGAUAUCCAGUGUCAUCAAUCAAAAUCUGCCUGGCUUUAUCAAGGGAUCCCAGUUUAUCUCUGCCAACUCCCGGCUUCAUACUCCUGGGGUAAACGCUAUUGUUGCCGAGGACUUGCGGGAGCAGAGUUACCGGGGGAAAGGAGUACAGAUGGAGCAUCGGCCACAUCCAUACCAAGGCAUCCAGGCCCAACGGGGCCGGAUGAGAGAGGGAAAGCCACGGCGGACAGUGGGUCAACUCCUUGGAGGUGCAGAUCCACUAACGCCUGGCCGAAAAUCUGCCAAAUUCGCUCACGUGGGGGUGGAGACAUCACUCCCCAGCCCUCAGCACCUACCUCGACAGGAAGUCUGCCUCCCACUUUACAUGACCUGGAAUGAACAUUGCUCUCAGCAAAAGGAACCUGGUCUCUGCCCAGAGCAGAAUCUGCUGUGCCAACCUGAAAAGGGGGUGCAAAUGCAGACCACCCUGAUGAUUUAUAUAGAGAACCACCGCACUGCUGUCUGUCCAUACGAAGACAUGGCAACCCCUGAGAGUAUAGAUCUGAGCCCGCAGAAAAUCGGCCAAAAAUCGGACACAGCCCCCUGUCCUUCUUGGGAACGAAAUAUCGGAGUCCUCUACCAGAGUCCUGCUCUGGUAGAGGAACAUGCUCUAUGGCCCCUUUCCUCAGGAGCAAGAGAAGUUACUCUUGGAGGAACACCACCUGCACACUGGCAGGUGCUAACCCAGGGAGAUCCAUGCAAGGAAGAGGAGCAGGCACAGACCCUACUGCUCCCCAAAAUGGUGGAGGCGGUGGGGCAGGCAGUAGGGGGAGACUUCCUAAAUAGAAUGCUCUUAGGAACCCCAGCCCUCGGGCAUCAGGACUCCAUUGUAGCCCACCUGGCCAAGAUGACGGACCUAAGGUUCCUCUCCGUGGCAACCAGCGCAGCUAGUGAAUUGCCAAUAGAGCGGGCCAUCUGCUUUGUGGCACGCAAAGUCAGUGGCUCAGCAGAGCUCAGAUACCACCUGAGGUCCCAACCCCUUGCCACCGUCAAGCCUUGGUGUGCAGGGCUGCACUUGCUUGGCCUUCUGCAGCAUAGGCCUUACACACAAAGGCUGAGACGAGAGAUAUCCCUCAAGCAUCUCUUCGAUCCAAGGCAUUGCCCCAUACCCAUGGCUUUCAAGCCUUAUAAGGGCCGAAUAGUAACAUAUGGAGAGCCCGAUGUGGAAAGCAGCACGCUAACUCAACCUGCGAACCCCAUGAUCGAAGCCGCCGCGCUGUCUCGGCGGACGUGGGACCUGAACCACGAAGCCUCGAAAGGGAAGUCUGGAUGGGACGCUGGUCUCCACGCCGGUCAGCGUGUGCUGGUGAACCUGGCUAACUCGUCUAACUUGGCUACCAGACCAAGCAACAACAACACUGUCAGUUUCGGUCUUCUUAACAUCCGCUCACUCACGAGUAAGGGAGACAGAGAGCUGAAUGCAAAGAUGCUGAGACUUGAGUGUGUGUUUGUCGCCCUGGUCUUGUGUUUAAAAGGUUCCCAUUCUCAGCUCAGUGAAUGUGGAACUGCACCUUUUAACACCCGUAUUGUGGGUGGACAGAGUAGCUCAGCUGGGGCAUGGCCGUGGCAAGUUAGUAUACAAAGCCCUGUGUAUAACGGCCAUUUCUGUGGAGGAUCACUGAUCAACAAAGACUGGGUUCUGACAGCAGCCCACUGUUUCUCCAGCACUAGCAUGUCUAGCCUGACUGUGUAUUUGGGGAAACAGACUUUAAAAGGCUCUAAUCCCAAUCAAAUUGCAAGAAGUGUUAAAAAGGUGAUAAUUCACCCCAGCUACAACAGUGCAACUCAGGACAACGACAUUGCCCUUCUGCUUCUGAACUCCUCCGUCACCUUCACAAACUACAUCAGACCAGUGUGCCUUGCAGGUCAAGGCAGCAGUUUUCCAGCUGGCACCAAGGGCUGGAUUACAGGCUGGGGAAGCAUCGCAUCUGGAGUGCAACUGCCAUCUCCUGGUGCGCUGCAGGAGGCAGUGGUGCCCACUGUCAAUAGCUUUAUUUGUGAUUAUCUACUGGGAUACGGAUCUAUUACCACAAACAUGAUCUGUGCUGGUUAUCUCCAAGGAGGCACAGACACCUGUCAGGGGGAUUCUGGAGGUCCAAUGGUGGCUAAGAAGGGUGCAGUCUGGAUUCAGACUGGUAUCACUAGCUGGGGUGAAGGCUGUGCUCGAGCCUUCUCACCUGGUGUCUAUACUCUGGUGUCUCAGUUCCAGACCUGGAUAUCCAGUGUCAUCAAUCAAAAUCUGCCUGGCUUUAUCAAAUACUAACACAAUGGAACAACCGGUGUAUGUACUGAUGCUUCAGGCAGAUAGGAAGCAUGUUAAUUUAUUAUGUUAUAUACAAUGUAUAAUUAUUAAUUAUAGAUUUCUAUAUUUAUUUAUUUUUUUUUACAGAAUUGAAUCUAAUUAAUUGUCGAGACAUGACAUUGUAAUAUAAGAUUGGUUUUAAUAAUAUAUGUUGUGAUGGUACUACUGUACAUGUACAGGGUAUUACAUAUUUUUUAAUGUAUGUUAUGAUGUUUAAUGUUUAAUGUUUCAUUUACUGUUCAUACAAUUAAAGAGAAUUUACCA